GUGGUAUGUUUUACCAAUCGCGAUAUAUUUAUUUGUGAGAACAAUAUGAAUUUUCUUUUCUUCUUUGAAAAAAAAAGGAAACUCAUAAGCAUCAUUCUCUUUUUGGGUUUUCGCUUAUGCAUUCAAAAUAAAUCUUGAGAACAUUUUCAAAAUGCACGUGCAUCCAAUGAAUCAUCUGUGCAUCUGUGCAUCGCAUAAGCAUCAUACAUACUCUCCAUUACUCAUUCAAGUCAAUUUAAUAAAAAUAAUUGGUCAGGGUUCCUUAAAAUUGCUCGUCCACAAGGAAAGAGUCAAGACUUCAAGUACUUAACUAGAUCCAAGCUCGAGGUCGUCAUGGAGGCAUUUCAAAAGGAGUUGAACGACAUCAAAGGAAAGCUGACCGGUUUUGACGAGAAGCUAGUGGGGUUCGAUGAGAAACUAACGGGCUUCGAUGAGAUGAAAAGCCAGCUCAACACAAUAGUGAGCAUAUUGUCCAGAAAAGGGAAGGAGGUUGCAACAAACGAGGAAGAAAUCGUAUUUGACGACGACGAUCACUAUGAGCAACCUCAGGGAAACGUCUCAGGCAGUAAAUUCAUUCUCAUACCUUCGAAGAACACAGGCGACAAAGGUGAUAUUGGGUCAUCAAAGCAUGACAAAUCCGGAGAACCCGAGAAGCAAGAAGAACAUAAAAUCGAAGCUAUGCUAGAAGAAAAAUUAGAACACAUUAAUGAACGAAUAAGAAGCAUAGAAGGAGUUGAGUCGUACGAGCCUAUGGAUGCAUCACAACUAUGUCUAGUCCCGGAUGUCGUGAUUCCUCACAAAUUUCAAAUGCCAGAAUUUGAAAGAUAUAAUGGCACCACUUGCCCAAAAAGUCAUCUGGUCAUGUACUGUAACAAAAUGGCCAACCAUAUCCGAGAUGAAAGGCUAAUGGUACAUUGCUUCCAAAACAGCCUGAGUAGUUCUGCCCUACGAUGGUAUAUGCAACUAGAGAAAACAAAAGUGAGAAGAUGGCAAGACCUCGCUGAUGCAUUCAUGAGGCACUACAAGCAUAACCAGGAUCUGGCUCCAGACCGAGAAGACCUGAGGAAUAUGGAAAAGAAUGAAAAAGAAUCUUUCAGGGAAUAUGCUCAAAGGUGGAGAGAGAAAGCUGCGGACGUUCAACCUCCUCUGUCAGAAAAGGAGAUGGUGUCAAUCUUCUUCGGAACACUAAGGGCUCCAUACUACAACAACAUGGUCGGAAUUACGACGACCAACUUUGCGGAUCUGCUUGUAAUCGGAGAGCGAAUAGAAAAGGGUUUGAAGCAAGGUCGGAUGGAAACCCCAGAAGCCUCUAAGAAACCACACCAAGCCCGAAGAGGAGAAGGAGAUGUCCAUUAUGCUCAAACAGAAUUAUCCAGAGGAAGAAGGUGGGAUCAUCAACCUCAGGCCAAUCAAGCCCAUCCAUGUGUUGCAAGUGCUGCAAUAAUUAAUCAACGUCCAACUUUUCCUACUCAACGAGCCAUCCAGAGCCCGACACGAGUCGCACCACCACCAAAUAACCAAAAUCAGAAUAAUUAUGAGAGAUUCAGGAAACCCAUCCAAAUCGAUCCUAUUCCUAUCACAUACACUGAACUUUUUCCUCAGCUAAUUCAAGGUAACCUAAUCUCCCCAAUACCAUGUGAACCUAUGAAACCUCCUUAUCCAAACUGGUUCAAAACAGACCAGCAUUGUGCUUACCACUCGGGAGUAGCAGGACACUCAACUGAGGAUUGCAGAUCGCUCAAGAUCAAGGUCCAACAAAUGAUGAAUACUGGUUGGUUAAAGUUUGAUGAUGAGCCAAAGCGUCCGGAUGUCAACAAUAACCCACUGCCAACUCAUGGGAAUUAGUAGAUAUACUACAAGGCAAAGCUCGAUUUAAGGAUGAUGUUGAUCCUACCUAGUAAAUAAAAUAUCGAGAUAAUUUGCUUUAGCAAAAUAUGUAUCACUUCUGCUUUUAUCAUAAUAAAUAAAAGGUCUUUCA